AUGACAGGAGGGACAUUAAAUUGCUUUGAAAUUCUAACAAAAUCGCAAAGUGGACAGAAGAGGGAAUGCAGACAGCGAUCAUUAGACAUGAAACAAGAUAAGUGUCAGUCAAAGGCCCAACCAUCAAAAAUCUAUUUAGACAUGUUCUGCAAUUUCGCUCCGAAAUCGGUAGUUUUAAUCUCACAACUGUGGACGUCAAAACUUGCUCAUUUCUCAAAGUUUGGAGAGAUAAAUCCCAUUAAUGGAUUGUGUUUACAUGUGAAAAUAAGAGACUGGUCUGCUUCCAACUUAAAAAUGCUUCUUAGUUAUUUUUAUAAACCAGAUAACUCAUUUAUUCAAGCUGUUAGCAAUACUGAUUCAUUUCUGUUUCAAUGGCUUUUAAACGAAACGUGA